AUGUCUGCCAACAUCACCAAGACCCUCGCCACCGCCACCUCGACUGCCACCAAGUUGUCUGGCCCCAUUAUCUACAAUGCCAAGGUCGCUGGUCAGAUUGCUAAGCAGGUCUACAUCCGCGAGGGUAUGGCCCCUCCCUCGGGCGCUCAGAUCGAGUCUGCCAAGGAGGCCACCCUCAAGUUUGUCAAGUCUGCCCGCUCGGCCAACACAUGGAAGAACAUCUCCAAGGACCAGUACUUGAAGGCCGGUUUGGUCGCUGCUGAGGCUUACGCCUUCUUCUUGGUCGGCGAGAUUGUUGGACGCAGGAACUUUGUCGGAUACGAUGUCAAGAGCGCCGACAGCCACGAGGAGCACCAUUAA